CUACAUUUGAACACGUUUAUAAUUCACACUAAUAUAAACGUAAUUCUAAAAGGAAUUAAAGAAAUGUAGCUAAAACCACCACCAGGAUUAGUAACGAAGGUGAUUAGUUCAGUCCAGUUCAGUCGUGAAAAGAUGGACGGCGGUGGAGCGUACGGCGGUGGAAAGGCAGGAGCCCCUUUUGAUCCAAUUGCAUUUGUCCAAAGGCCACAAGUCAUUUUAAGAGCGCUAUGCAUGCUCUUUGCAAUUAUUGUGUUUGGAUCCAUAAGCAGCAAAGGCUACAUUACUGAAGAAGGAAAGGAAAUUUGCUUAUACAAUAAAGAUACAAAUGCAUGCAACUAUGGUGUUGGCAUUGGCGUUCUAGCCUUCUUAGCCACCAUUGGAUUUCUGGCUGGUGAAUAUCUUUUCGAGCAAAUGUCUUCUGUUAAGACUCGAAAACAUUAUGUACUUCUAGAUCUUGGUGUUUCUGGAUUUUGGGCUUUUUUGUACUUUGUUGGAUUUUGUUAUCUGACUAAUGCAUGGAAUAAAUCUGAGAGUCCCAAGGAUAGGAAUGGUGUAAACAAUGUACAAGCAGCUAUUGCAUUUUCGUUUUUCUCCAUCUUUACAUGGGCAGGUUGUGCUUGGUUUGCCUUCCAAAGAUUUAAACAGGGAACAGACGCAGCAUUUGCGCCGAGCUAUGAAGCGGAUCCUGUGGGAGGAGCGGGAUAUACGAGCUAUCCAGAUGCGACUGACGCCGCCUAUCAAGAACCACCAUUUGCUCAACAACAGCAGCGAGGGGGUAUUGGUGAUUUCCAAGCGCCUGCUUAUUAAGAGAGCUUCAGGCUUAACCUAAAAACGUAUAUCUUAAAAAAGCGACAGCGAACUGUUAACGAGAGGAGGGGAGAAAACUGUUUUUAUUUCGUUGGAUAACACGGUAUUCUUCCAUAUCGACUUGCAGUUGUCCUUUUCUUCAUCACUUUGAUCGAGCAUAGUUUGUCGUACCUCACAUAGAUCGUAAGAAACUUGUUUGUCAAGUGCAGUGUUCGUAUAUUUGGUAGUACGUUCUGCGCUUGUUCUAAUUUAGGGUGACAUGAAUUCAUUGAGCUAUUGUCUUCGUUAAAUAAUAUUUAGUAUAAAUUAUGUAAUCACAUUUGGCCUUUGUGAAACAUUUAUUUUAUUUUUUUAUUAUAAAUAUGUUACUGGCCUCAUCUAAUAAUAACAUGUCGCGAACAGGUCAACGGCGACGGUACUAUUACUUCUUUCGCUAAUGGCUCACUGAUAAACGUGAAUGAUUAGAUAUUAAGUUUUCAAGGUCAGAGGACUCUUAGAGAGUUAUUUAUUGAACUAAGAUUCUCCCUAUCGACUACUCAGUAAAAGUUGUACUGUAAUUUCCGUGCUGAGUAUCGCCAAGAGCCCUUUAGGUACGUUUAACAUUUUAUCUAAUUGGCGUUACAACCACUUUUUGAACUAUACCAAUAAUUCGAACAUCUUGGAUACAUUCUGAUAUCGACUAACACCGCUAAAAGCAACGUUAUGUCUCUAUUACAUACGAUUAAGUAAGCGGAAAUGCAAUGAUGUUUUUAACGCUGACAAUGAAUUUUGAAAUAUAGCCCUUCUCACGGGAUACGUCAAAAAUAUGUAUUUAUUACAUGUUAAUGUAUACACAGGCUACAUAUAUUUUAAUGUUGUGACGUGUUCAUAGUAAACGCAACUCAGAUGUAAUGUAAUGGUCAUAUAGUGUGCAUAGAGAUCGUUAGAAUUGGAUCAAAUUAUUAAACAGUUUUGCUUUAAUGCUACUUGUUUCGGUGGUACAUAUGUUGAGAUAUUAUUUAUUCAGCUGUAAUUGCCGUUUCCAAAAAAGAUUCUAACCUUCACUGCACUUUCAAUUUUUUUCUAUUCAAAUAACUUCUUUUAAUUCGGAAAUUAACUGUAUCGCUGGCGUAAAUAUGAACAGACUUAACAUUAUUAAGAACUGUGAUUCUAUUUUUGUUGUUAUGGAAAUUCUUGUAGAAUGCAAGACUGUUGAUAUUAAUGUUUCAAAAGUGAAGAAAAAGAGAGAGACUUCGGAAACUUGUAGAAAGCGCUAUCAGUAUAACAUAACAUCUUUCAAGUAUAAAUGAAUAGAAUGUAUAUGAUUAAAAGAAAUACAUAACUUAACUAAUAUAUUUACCUACGAUAUAGUUAUCUUGCAAAUAAUUAUAGACUUGUAAUUAUUAUAAAACAGGCGGCUUCACAAUGGAGUUUUUGUGUCUUAAAAAUAACUAGUCCUGUUUACUAUUUACACUAUGUUUUUCUUGAAUAUGUACCUGCAAUGUGAUGCGUAUUUGAGUAACGUUAAAGAAUUAUAGCGAGAAGAUUACGUUCGGAGUAUAACCACAAAAACUCUAAUUUUACGAUUUCUUAGUCUUUGACAUGCGGUGAUGCAUGUCGAGUUUUUUUUACUUGAAUUUAUCUUGUAUACUGUACAAUAUGCUUGCACAGUUUAGGCUAGACGCAUGCUGGUAACGUCUUUAUCUGGUAAAAAAUAAUUAAGCAAUAAACAGCGAUCUGUAACCCAAAAAGCAGUAUGAUCAGAAAUGUAUCUAUUCGUGUCCUCUUAAGUUGAUUGUUGCUGAACUUAAGCAUUUCAUUGGGUAGAAAGAUGUAUCUGUACUGUACAUGGCAAUAUACCUAUUUAAAAAUGCAAAUAAAUGUUAUCGUCUAUUGUGUUAAA